AUGGAAGAAAUUUUGGAACCAGAGCAAUCGGAGUUUGUAACUUUAAUAUCCUCAGAUGGAUUUCGUUUCGUGUUGCCACGAAAGGCGGCUAUGAUAUCGGGCACUUUAAAUGGUAUGCUGAGUGCUUCUGCCUUCACAGAAGCGCAAUAUGGAAGAGUGCACCUUGGGAACAUCAGUGGCGAAUUACUGGAAAAGAUCUGUGAAUAUCUUUGUUUCAAUUUGAAAUAUAAAGACAGAGCCAACGUCCCAGAAUUUGAGAUAGCGCCAGAAAUGGCCUUAGAACUUCUUGUGGCUGCCGAUUUUUUGGACAGUAAGUAUUUAGAAUUUUGUGUAUCCUUGAUUCCCGUAUUUGGUUCCCUUAUAUAA